AGAAGGGAAGACUGGCUUGCUCAGUCUGUUUUAGCUUUGAUAAAGGAGGCACAGAAAGGUGCAAGGAGCAAGUGAGCAAGGGGUGAGAGGCAAGGUGGUGUAACAGUCAAGAAAUCUUUGCCGAAUCAUUGCCAUUGGUGUGUGUGGAGCAGGAAGCACUUCUAGGUUAGCAGGUUGCCAUGGCAUCUGGACCCAACAUGAUGGACCCCAUUUGUCUGGUGGAAAAUGACAAUGAGCUGCUGUCAGUGAACCAGAAAGCUCUACAGAUUCUUGAGAAGAUUUCUCAGCCAUUGGUGGUGGUGGCCAUUGUAGGACUGUAUCGUACAGGCAAAUCCUACUUGAUGAACCGUCUUACAGGACAGAACCAUGGUUUCUCUCUGGGCUCUACAGUGCAGUCUGAAACAAAGGGCAUCUGGAUGUGGUGUGUGCCUCACCCUUCCAAGUCAGACCAUACCCUGGUCCUUCUGGACACAGAGGGCCUGGGCGAUGUGGAAAAGGGUGACCCUAAGAAUGACUCGUGGAUCUUUGCCCUGGCUGUGCUUCUAUGUAGCAGCUUUGUUUACAACAGCAUGAGCACCAUCAACCACCAAGCCUUGGAGCAACUGCAUUAUGUGACAGAGCUCACAGAACUCAUCAGGGCCAAGUCCUCUUCAAGACCUGAUGAAGUAGAAGAUUCCACAGAGUUUGUGAGUUUCUUUCCAGACUUUAUCUGGACUGUACGGGAUUUCACCCUGGAGCUGAUGUUAAACGGUCACCCUAUCACAGAAGAUGAGUACCUGGAGAAUGCCUUGAAGCUGAUUCCAGGCAAGAAUCCCAAAGCCCAAACAUCAAAUCUACCCAGAGAGUGUAUCAGGCAUUUCUUUCCAACACGGAAAUGUUUUGUCUUUGACCGGCCAACAAAUGACAAAGAACUUCUAGCUGAUAUUGAGAAUGUGUCUGAAGACCAACUGGAUCCUAAAUUCCUGGAACAAACAAACAAUUUCUGUUCUUACAUCUUCACCAAUGCAAAAACCAAGACCCUCAGAGAGGGAAUCACAGUCACUGGGAACCGUCUGAGGACUCUGGUUGUGACCUACGUGGAUACCAUCAAUACCGGAGCUGUACCUUGUUUGGAGAACGCAGUGACAACUCUGGCCCAGCUGGAGAACUCAGCGGCUGUGCAGAAGGCAGCCGACCACUACAGUGAGCAGAUGACCCAGCGACUGAGCUUCCCCACAGACACGCUCCAGGAGCUUCUGGAGGUGCAUGCAGCCUGUGAGAGGGAAGCCAUUGCAAUCUUCAUGGAGCACUCCUUCAAGGAUGAAAAUCAAGAAUUCCAGAAGAAUCUUGUGGAAAUCAUAAAGGAUAAGAAGGAGGGUUUCUUGCUGCAGAAUGAACAGACAUCUGUCAAAUACUGCCAGGAUAAACUUCAUGAGCUUUCCAAGGCCCUAAUGGAAAGUAUUUCAGCAGGCACUUUUUCUGUUCCUGGAGGUCAUGAACUCUACAGGAAAGCAAAGGAAAUGCUUAAAAGGGACUAUUGCCAAGUGCCCAGGAAAGGAGUGAAGGCAAACGAAGUCCUCCAGAGCUUUCUGCUGUCACAGGUGGCAAUAGAGAAAUCCAUCCUGCAGGCAGAUAAAGCCCUCACUGAUGGGGAGAAGGCUGUAGUAGAGGAGCGGGCCAGGAGGGAGACAGCUGAGAGGGAACAGGAGGUGCUGAAACAGAAACUGCAGGAACAGGAGCAGCAGAUGGGAGCACAACAGAGGAGCCUCCAGGAGAACAUAGCCCAGCUGACAGAGAAGCUGGCGAGGGAAAGAGAAAACCUGCUGAGAGAGCAGAAUAUGAUGUUGGAGCAUAAGCUGAAGGUCCAGGAAGCUCUGCUUAAAGAAGGAUUUAGAAAGAAAUCUAAGGAGAUGAAUGCAGAGAUAAAUCAUUUGAAAAAUAUGAUUGAUAAUACUAAAGAUGAUGAUACUCCCUGGCUGGCACUAGCCUUGGACAAAUUUGGCAAAGAGAUCUCUUCACUAUUGUGCACUCCAGGCAAACUUCUUGGUCAUAUUGUGAGUGGUGUGAGCUCCCUAUUUAAAAAGAAGUAGCUCUCCUUUUAAAGAAAUUAUAGAUGCAUAAUAUAUGUACAUGCUCUGGCCUGUGUUUGGUGUGAAAGCUUUUCACUUUCAUUCAGCAAAUCUUUAAAUAUAAAAAGUAGUUACUAGAAAAUAUCAAUGCCUGGCCCACAUUAGAUAGAAUAAAUACAUGGACACUUUGUUAUAGUAUGUUCACUUUUAGGAAAUAUAUGUGUGCAAAAUCAUAUAUAUGUAUAUAUACAUACAUACAUACAAGAGGACCGUUGAGGCAUCCCUUUUAAUGGCAAAAGAUUGGAAACUACUUAAAUGUCCAUCUAUAUAAAUUGGUAAUAUACAUUUUCCAUGUACAUAUACUGGAAUAUAUGGAAUAUAUAUACUGGAAGUGUAGCCAGUAUACUGGAAUAUAUACUGGAAUACUAUGUAGCCAGUAAAUAAAUUGGAGUGGAGGUUUAUAUGUAUAAAUAUAGAACAACCUUGAAGAUAUAUAGUAGAGUGAAAAAAAUGAGGUACAAAACAGUUUGUAUAAUCUCUUCACCAUAAAAAAUGCAAUUAUUAUGUGCACUCAUAUAUAUGUAUACGUAGAAUGCCUCUGGAAGAUUCAUUAGAAAGUGGUAUCAUUGGUUCUUUCUGGGGAGAACAGCUUGGCAUUAGGGAUGGAAGGGACACAUACUUUUCAUUAUAUCCUCUAUCUUUUCAAUUUUGUAAAGAAAGCUUGUAUUAUCAUUUCUCAAAUAACAAAGAAAACAUAAAGUAUAAUACUAAAAAUGAUAAUAAAUGGAAUGUGAAAUUGACUAUUAGAUGAUGAAAUUGCUCAUUGCUUCUAGAAAUGACAUCAGUCUGUUCAAUGAGUUGGAUCAGAAUACUAGAAAGCAUAAAAUCUGCAUCCUAAUCUUGUUUUCACUUUGGCUUUGUUUUUAAUCCCUUAUAUUUGCUUCAAAAAGAAGGUAUAAACUUUCCUGUUACCCCUUGAAAUCUCAGCUAGAGGAGCCUUCACUUCCUCUCUUUGAGUUACACUUCUAAGGUAUUGGAAGAAAAUGACUAAACAUUAAGAAUAUGCACUGGUGAGAGGAAUCCCAUCGUUCUUGAAUGUUCAUUGGUGGACUCUCUGCUGCAGGCAAGGGCCAAAGAUGUGAUGUAUCAUUGAAGAACUGGAUGCCCUGAUAGUACUGGGGAUUAUAGACCCUGACGCCUGGAGGCCACCUGUUGGCAUUUAAACAUCAGAAGCCCAAGUACAUACCAUAGUGAUGAGCAUCAUGGUUUGUCUUAGCUGAGGCUGCUAUAACAAAAUUACCGUAGACUGGUUGGCUAAGACAAGAGCGUUUAUUUUUCCCCGUUUCUGGAAGCUUUAAGUCCAAAAGCUCGUGCCAGCACUGUUGGGUUGUUGGUAAGGGUCCUCUGGCAGCUUUACAGAUGGCAACUUUCUUACUGUGUCCUCACAUUUUUGGGAAAGGGAGGAGGCGGGGAGAGAACCUCAUGAUUCUUUGUUAUAAGGGCACUAAUCAGAUUCAUGUAAUCCCCAUACUCAUUACCUAAUUUCCUCCCCAAAGGCCCACUUCCAAGUACAUGGGAACAUUGGAAGAUAGGGUUUCCUCAAAUGAAUUUUGGAGAACACAAGCAUUCAGUCUAUAACGUGGUUGGAGUGGCAGCCAGCCGGACCUGAGCAGAGAAAAUUCUGAAUAUGGCAAAUAGAACAGGGUGUCUGUAGAGUCAAAAGGGAGGGGAGGAAACAAUCAAAUGGAAUCAAGGAUAUUUACCAGGAGGCUGAGAGGUAGCCUCGAUAAAAAAGACACAGUCCAUAGCCUUGAUCUAAACCAAUUUCAGAUCAUGAACCUAUCACCUGGAGGAGAGGGCAGGAUCCCAAGAGAAAGGACUCUGCAACUCUAGAACAAGUUAAAUGAUAAUGAUUUCCCCAGUCCCCCUCCUAGGGGACCUCUGGAAAUUCACUUGGUACCUGUGUGCUGGGAAAUGGAAAUGCCCAAACGUUUCGAUGACUCUUGGAAUCAGGAUCCAAGUUCGCAGUGAUACUCAGAUCCUGAAAAGACCUCACAGUCUCCCUGUUAAAGUAGAGUCACACAGGAUCCUGGUAAUAAAUGCAGUCUUGGCCCAGGUGCAAUGCAGCUAAUUUGGUCUAGUAUUUGUUUUCAAAUAAAAGUAAAGUUCAUCUGAGGACAGAAACCAUUACAUAUUUUUCUGUACAUCUUCAUGGAGUAUGUUUAGGCACAGAGUGUACUACAUAAGAAUCUGCUGGAAAAACAAAAGACUGACACAUGUGUAACUUAUCAAUUGCCAGAUUUCUAUGAACACUCUAAGGGUCUUUGGUAAUAGAUAGUUCGGAUUUUACACACUAGGUUAAGGUCUCUAAGGUGACCCUUUAAGCCUUUAAGGUCUUAAAGGCUAGCAGAGCAAAAGAAACUUUUCUGGUGUGGUCUCCUCCUCUGUGACUUCGUGUAUCACAGUCUCUGUGCCUCUGCAAGGAUGUUAACAUGUCUUCACUGGAGAUUUUAAAUGACUCUAUCCAGUUGUGGCUUCAAGUGUUCAGAAGGAAGAAUGGCUUUGACUUUUAUGGAAGAAACCAUAUAGUAAUGAAUAUGUGGCCAAUAAAUGGUAGGCUUUAAUGAAAAAGCAAACUAUUCUAUAGAAAUAUUGUAUAUCUGUUCUCAUUGAGAGCUUGAAUUAAGCAGAUGUUCUAAUCCCUUAGACUAGAGACACCCCAAAUUGAAGAACAAAAAGAAGUCUUGACUUUUUUAGAUUUGACAUAUAAAGGACAUCAUACAGUACUUGUCUUUCUCUGUCUGACUUAUCUAACUUAGCAUAAUGGGCUCAAGGUCCAUCCAUGUUGUCACAAAUGGCAGAACAUCCUCCUUCCCUGUGGCUGAAUAAUAUUCCAUUGUGUAUAUGUACCACUUCUUUUUUAUACAUUCAUCUGUUGAUUAGUGUUUAGGUUGUUUUCAUAUCUUGGCUAUUGUGACUAACAGUGCAAUAAACAUGAGAAUACAGAUA